AGCUGCAAUCCCCACCCUACCUUGCCGGCUUCCAGUGCGCCUGCGCCGUAGCUCUUACGCAGCCCGAGCCCCGCCCCCUCUCGGAGAGACGCUUGGCCUCGGGGGCGGGUCUUGGGCACAAGAUGGCUGCCGCGCGCCCGGAGCCCCCGAGUCAGAGCUCACCGACCUCGGCGUCCCGAUCUCCGGAGCCACCGGACCUGGUCCUGGUGCCUGAUGAUGGCCGCCCCACUACACCCCCGAGUGACCUCAUCGAGAUCCAGGUGGUGAAGGUGACAGAUACUAACCUGGUCCCUGAGCCCCCGGAGCCAGGCUCUCUCCACUGUGCCUUGUGCCCAGCUGCCUUCCGGCUGGUUUCCGAGCUGCUCUUCCACGAACAUGGCCACCUGGCUGGGACUGAAGGUGGCCGACAGGGUGGGGACCCAAGCCGGUGUCAUGUGUGUGGCCACAGCUGCCCAGGUCCUGCCAGCCUCCGGGCCCACUACAGUCUGCAUACAGGGGAGCGGCCCUACCGCUGUCCACUUUGCCCCCGGGCCUUCAAGGCCCUGGCGCCUCUGCUCAGGCACCAGCACCGACACGGGGUGGAGCCGGGAACAUCCCAGAGGCUUCCAGAAGCAGCAGCGGCUCCGGAGCAGAGGCCCGGGGUGGCCCAGGAGAGGGCGGAGGUGGUGAUGGCGGCAGCAGCAGCAGGAGCGGCUGUGGGGAAGCCGUUCGCGUGCAGGUUCUGUGCCAAGCCGUUCCGCCGCUCUUCAGACAUGCGUGACCAUGAGCGGGUGCACACGGGCGAACGGCCGUACCACUGCGGCAUCUGUGGCAAGGGCUUCACCCAGUCCUCAGUGCUGAGCGGCCACGCCCGUAUCCACACAGGCGAGCGCCCCUUCCGCUGCUCCCUCUGCGACCGCACUUUCAACAAUUCCUCCAACUUCCGCAAGCACCAGCGCACCCACUUCCACGGGCCCGGGCCUGGGUUGGGAGACUCGGGGGGCCAACUGGGAUUGGUGGCAGGGACAGGGAGCAAGUGUGGGGUGGGAAACACCUUGGAAGAGGGGCGAGGGGAAACCGUGAAUGUGAAAGUGGAGAUCGACCAGUAGGCUUGGAGAGUCAGGGACAUGGGGGAAUUAACAUGGAAGUAGGAGGCAGAUUUUAGGGGAGGGGGGUGGGGAAAAAGGCAGGGAGCAGAAAAGGUAAGGUUGGAGAGAAAUGACAUAAGGACUAAACGAGAUAGCCAUGAACAGGUAGGGUUGGACAACAGAGGGAGAGGAGAGGAAGACCCAGGUUCAGGACCCCCCACAAACCCAUGCAACACCCUUGUGAGGCUUAGAAAAAGGUACAGUUGCAGCCCCCUGGAUGCCCAGCUAAGCACCAGGAGCAUGGACUAGUUCAUUGCCCCGUUUGCCUCCUCUUUGGGUUGUCCUUGUAUAAGACACAACAAGCCACAACAGAACACAACUCUUCACAAGAGAGCCUGGACACUAUGAAGGAGAAGCCAGGGUUGAGUGGAAGGGGUGGAAUCGGGGCCUACCAUAGCACCUCUAGUCUAGCCCUCCAUCUGCAGAACGC